CAUACUGGGACUGCCAUUGUUUUGAAUUUCUAGAAGUGUCGUGAGGCAAAAAUUCAGGUAUUUGGGAGCAAUGGAAGGCCCCAAGGCAGAAGAAGAGGUGCUGGAUAUUCUCCGGCUGAACGUGGGAGGCUGUGUUUACACAGCCCGACGUGAGUCCUUGUGCCGCUUUAAGGACUCUAUGCUGGCAUCUAUGUUCAGUGGUCGUUUUCCACUAAAAACAGAUGAAUCAGGUGCUUGUGUUAUUGACCGUGAUGGACAUCUGUUUAAAUACCUUUUGGAUUAUCUUCAUGGAGAAGUUCAGAUUCCCGCAGACGAGCAAACCCGCAUUGCCCUACAGGAAGAGGCUGAUUACUUUGGCAUUCCUUAUCCAUACAGCCUGUCUGACCACUUGGCCAAUGAAAUGGAGACAUAUUCUUUAAGGUCAAAUAUAGAACUUAAAAAGGCUUUAAAAGAUUUCUGUGAUUCGUAUGGUUUAGUUUGCAAUAAACCAACAGUUUGGGUUCUCCACUAUCUGAACACAUCUGGUGCGAGCUGUGAGAGUAGAGUUAUUGGAGUGUAUGCCACAAAGACUGAUGGAACAGAUGCUAUUGAUAAGCAGCUGGGAGGAAGAAUUCACAGUAAAAGCAUUUUUAAAAGAGAGGCGGGAAAUAAUGUGCAGUACAUUUGGAGCUAUUACUCGGUAGCGGAGCUGAAGAAAAUGAUGGAUGCCUUUGAUGCUUGGGAAGGAAAAGGUGUUAGCUACUGGAGGGUGCCUCAUGAGUUGAUAGAGUGUUGGACUCUGGAAGAGCGACCAUUACUUGGAAAUCUGCGACAUAUGGCCCCAAUUCGGAAGAGGCGACUGGUAACAUUCAAUGAAGAGGAAGAAGGCAAGAACUGUAAAGCUGGGCCGAAGCCAGUCAGAUUUCUGGGCCCCUCCACCAGCACUCAGAUUAAAGUGAAGAACUCAACCUCAGUCAUGGUGCCUGCAGCCGUCCCCGUCCAGACUUCCACUCGGGCCGCUGCAAACUGGUCCCAGUGCCGCAGGGGCGCCAAGACAGCCCCGCGGUCUGUGCAGCUGCAAACCUCACUCCGCAUGGGUACUGGCACGUCUGGAUCUUGUCAGGCUUCCUGUGGGGCAGAGGACACUGAGAAUGGAACCACAUCCCCACAGCUCUCAAAGGAGCUCUCCAGCAAGAGGCCCACAACCCAGCGAGUGAUAAAGCUGAGGAGGACUCCGCUGUGUGCCCCGGCCCGCUCCCUGCCCACCUGCACCACAGAGGGGCCAGCCGGCUCCCCAGAGCCGCCAGGGUCUCCCCAGGUUCCCAGCGCUUUAGGCUCGCCGACUGAAAACGAUGGAUAAAGGGGUGAACUUGCAGCUUCCUGUGUGUCUCCCAGACCUUUCCACCCAUUUGGUGCAAUAAGUGACUCUCUUGGUGACAGAAAGGCGGAAACUUAUUUCCAUUUAAGAUUAUGGGGAAAAUGAAUCGUGUGAAGUGGGAAAAGAAGAGGGGAGAUUUUAGGUGGUUGGGGCUAUAGUUACUUCUCAUUUCCGAACGUAUUUUGAGAGAUUUUUGCUAUAGGGUGUAUACCCUGGCUGGAAACACAGCAACCAAGAGACAGAAACGGGGACAUCACCCCUCAGGGGGCAUGGCCACGCUGUUCUCC